AUGGUCGACUUCUCCGAGCGUGAGAAGGAGCUCAUGGCACUCGCCUGGCAGUGCUUCGAGGAAGAGCCGAAGAUUCAGUUUCCCAAACUCGCCGAGAUGGCCGGCAUGACCAACGCAGGAAGCGCUUCCAAUGCCUGGCGCAACAUCAAGAAGAAGCUGGCGACCAUUGCUGCGGGCAAUGGAAACGGUAGCGCAGACGGCGUCACCACCCCCAAGGUCAAGGCUACUCCCAAGCGCAAGAAGAAGGCGGCCAACGACGAUGACGACGACGCUGAGGAGACUCCUGCCAAGAAGACCAAGGCGACCCCCAAGAAGAAGGCGAAGAAAGCGGCUGCUGAGGAGAACGGUUAUGAGGAAGACGACGACGAGGAGAAGCCGAAGGUGAAGGCAGACACGAGCGAGAGCGAUGAUCUGGCCUAA